UUUUUCUUUUUCUGUUCUGGUGUUUGUUUUCUAAGGAAAGUGUGGGUGGAGAGGGAAGAGGAAACUGUUUAUCAGAAUAUAUUGCAUAAAAAUUAUUUCUGGUGAGACGGUUCAGAGGUUCAGAGGUUACGAACACUGGCUGCUCUUCUAGAGGUCCUGAGUUCAAUUCCCAGCAACCACAUGGUGGCUCAAGACCAUCUGCAAUGGGAUCUGGUGCCCUCUUCUGGCAUGUAGCUGUACAUGCAAAUAGAGCAUCCCUACAUUAAAAAAAAUAUAUAAUAUUAUAUAUUAUAUAUAUAAUUUUAAAUAUUUUUCAACUAAAAUCAUAUGUAUUUAAAAUAAAAAGACUGGAGGGGUUGGGCAAGGAGACUAUUUGGAAGACAAUGGCUUUCUAGACCAAGCUGGCUGUCUUUGCGUGCUACGCUUUGUCUGGCUAAACAGCUGAGUAGAUGCUCUAAGAUAUGAAGUCCGUAGGUGUGAAAAGAGAUGGUGUAUGGAAGGGGAGAUCCGGAAGCACUUGUUCCUGGCUUGCUUAUCAGUGUCCUUUAAACUCCAAACGGAUGUCUAUGCAGCGGGUGUGCAAUCCUUGCACAAUGGAAGCUGAAGCAGGAAGCUGCGAGUUUGAGGCCAGUCUGGGAUAGAAAGAGCUUUUGUGUGUGCGCGGGUGGAAUGAGACAUUUGUCUAUUCUCAUAUCCAUCAUCUGCCAAUGAGUAGCGGGUGAGCCCUCCAGACAAGUGGAAGGCAACCUGAAGAUGCAGAGAUCUCCCCACACUCGAGGAGCCCCUUCAAUUCUGAAUAACAAAACUCCAGCCACCCUGGGUCUGACCACACCCCACCAGGUUGUGGGGUCCGAGUGGACAAAUGAUUUCUUGGCUCCUCGUUCUUGAUGGGUUCAGUUCGGUUACCUCCAGCCCUCUCGCCCAUCAGGUUCCUCAUCCCCCUUAAGAAGUGCCCAUGCUUCCUGAAGUGUUUCCCAAAACCCGGCCUUGCACUGCGUUCAGAGUCUGGUCAAUAGUGUGCUCGAUGGCCAUUCUUUCCCACAAUUCCGCGGCCUUCAAGAGAGGACAGACCUCGCUCGGCUGGCUCCUGAUCUCGCGAGAGUACUGUAAUGCCCGUUGCAGCCCAGAGUCGCCUUCCCGGGCUUCAGAACAGCAUCCUCCCUGGCUGUCCCCCAAUCCGGCCACUCGCGCUCCGUUUUCGGAUUGGCUGAAGAGCUGGUCAGUUGUUUUCCCAUCCAGAAAACGUUUCGGCGACUUGUCCCUCUCUGGCCCCGCCCUCGAAGCCUGCGGAUUGGUUGGCUGCGUGUGACGUCACGCGCCUUCGCGUCAGCGGGAACUAGCCAAUCACAAGCUUGGCGUAUUUUACAAACCGGGGAAGCCUCAGCAGCAGCAGCAGCAGCAGCAGCAGCAGCAGUAGAAAUCCAGAAAAUCGGCGAAAAAAACCUGAGAAAGUAGAGGUGACCCCGAGGAGCUCCUGGAAUGCCGCCAUGACUACCCUCCAAACCAGUAAGGACCCGCACCUCCGAGGUGUAUCUCCCAACCCUAGCAAAAUUCCAGUACUCUCUCAAAGAUGCUCGGAUUUUUCCUCAGCCAAGUCGGGCUCUCUGGACCAGGAGAACCAAGAUCCAAGGAGAUCAGCGAAGAAACCACUGCACCGUACUCAACGUCCCCUCACUGACACGGCAGGCCUCAGAUCGAAAGCCCUGCACCAGACAGAAAAAUCACAAAGACUGAGGAUCACUCAGCCGCGGAACCCUUUGGAGGAACUCAAGCCUAGCUCUGGGGGAUCAAAUGUGGGGCUCACCCAUCCCCAGACAGAGGCCUCAGGGGCUAUAGAGUUUGUUGCUGACCCUGCAGCCCUGGCCACCAUCCUGUCAGGUGAGGGAGUGAAGAGCUGUCCCCUGGAGUCCCGGUCCAGUCUGGCUCAGAGAGUGCUAGUGCGUGAGAGAAAGGGAGGCACCCACAUCCAGAGGGGCCAGAACCCACGUGCAGGUUCCUCCUUUCAUUCCUCCGCUCGCCCCAGUUUACAGGAGCUCAGAAGAGAGACCUGUGGCGGUAGCAGGGAUGGAUCCUGUACUGACAGCAGGACCUCAGCAAGCCAGGCCUCGAGACUGCUCCUGAAGACCCCGGUGCAGCCUGCUUCCUUAACCCUCAGAGGAGACCACGAGGCUGUUCCUCACUCAGGUGGAGAAGGAGGACCCAAACUGGGUCUGGCUCAACGAGUUCCAUUAAAAGAAAGCCUAACACACACCAGGACCACAUAUUCAUCCAUGAAACGCUUUACCACUCGACGGAAAACCCAAUUCACACCCCUCCGGUCACUACCUAGAGUCCAGCAGGCCCAAUGGCUGAGUGGCCUCUCUCCUCAUUCCUCCCCUGAAGAGCCUGCCCUGCCCUGGGAGCAGAUUGCUGUGAAGUUGUUUGACCAGGAGAGUCUCAUCGCUUUGCAGAAGGGACCUGGGAAACCAUCUGUGGCAAGCACUUCUGGACCUCAGUCCACGAGAACCCCCAGCCACCAGGAGCUAAAGAUGCAGCGCAUCCAUAUUUUGCAGCAGCUCUUGCGGCAGGAAGUAGAGGGGCUGGCAACGGGCAAUUGUGCAGCUCUGAAUGGAGGCUCCGCUUUAGAUACGACCGAACGUCAGCCCCCAGUGGCUGAAGACUCUAGCACUCUGAGUGCUCCAGCACACAAGUCUGAAACUCCCCUUGCACUGCCAGAACACUCUGGUGUGACAGAGGCCCUCCCUGCGGAAGAGCGUGAGGAGCCACAGGCUUGCCCUGGGGAAGACACUAAGGAGUCACAGCCCUGCUCUACCACAGAACUAAAGCCCCCAGUGCCACAUAGAGCUGAGCCAGAGCCGCCAGCACCUUGCCUUCCAGCACUGGCAGGACCCCCUCUGCCUAGUUGUCGGGGACAGGCUGAGCCCCCUGAGGCUCGCCCUGGGAUACAGCUGGGAGCAUCGGCAGCCAGCGCUCUGCAAGCUGGAAACCCAGAGUCUAGCCCAGAGCCCUGUUGCAGUCAGGGGCCUCCAGCAGCCACCAGCCUGACCUCGACACAAAGCCCAGUGUGUGCCAGCUUCCCUAUCCACUCACUGCACUCUUCGAGAUCCCCGACAGGCCGCUCAGGCCCCAGCAGUGUGGCCCCUCGAACCCUGGCCCUGAGGCAGCGCCUCAGAGCUUGUCUCACCACCAUCCACUGUUUCCACGAGGCUCGCCUGGAUGACGAAUGUGCCUUCUACACCAGUCGAGCCCUGCCCCCAGGGCCUACCAGGGUCUGCACCAAUCCUGUUGCUACAAUGCUUGAAUGGCAAGAUGCCCUGCGUUUCAUUCCAGUUGGCCCUGUGGCCCCACAGGACUCUCCGUCGUGACUCUGGCCUUUUCUGGGCUUCUGCCCUGCUGUACUCACCCCUUCCUUUAGCCUUAUUUAUUGUCGACCUGCCCAUUGGACUGGGAGCCAACGCCCUUUUAUCCUUUAUAAUAAAGUUUCUAUAAAUUGUGUUUGAA